AUGCCGGUGGUCAGGAAGAUUGAAGACUACAGCUGUCAGGCAGGCUCAACCAGGAAUGUACCCCCAUUGCUGAGAAGCAGGCCUCUCAGCACCAAGCACUCUAGUGGCCGCUAUGGUGCCAGGGUGGACAGAGCCAACAGCUGUCAGUCUGACAGCAGCGGGUUCCUGGAGGAGCCCCUAGAGCCACUGCCCCUGCAGAUGCCGUCCCUGCCGAGCAGCCAACGUCCUGCUGAGAACACAGGUGGAAAGCCGAGGGAUCUGAGCCGCAGCCUCCCACCACCCCAGGACUGUCAGCACGAGUCAGACGAGUCUGAUUCCAGGAGUAUGAUGAGCACGUCCUUUUCAAGCCAAGACUGGAGUAUGUUGGAAGAAAAGGCCUCAAUAUCUGUGAUGGAGGAAGAGUCUCAGCUUGAGGCCAUGGAGGGGUCACCAGAGCUGUUGACCCCAGACCUGACUCUUACCAAAACCCCCAUUGGUGGAGAGCACCCAAGGAAAGACAGCCAGCUGCAGCAGCCUCUGCCAACUCCCCACGCUGAAUACGAGGUCACUGGAGCCACAGAUACUCCUAAAUGUGAUUGCCCUUUGGGGUCUAUGGUGACGCAUAUCACAAAAACGAAGGACGGGUUUCUGAGGCCCGAGAGAGCUGGAGAAGUGCACGUGCAAAGCCACCACUGUGAGUCUCACAGGUCACCUGGAAAUGACCACGCUCGAGACAAGUUCCCUCACUUAGACUCUGAGGCCCCACGGGAAGAGGAAAGCUGCAGAUUCUGUCCUGGCACCAACAACACCUUUCUGGCAGGAGAAAGUCCACCCCAGCAUGUCCCCAAGCACAGUGAAGUUGUGCCGUAUACAGUUGACCUUGUUCAAACAUCCGAAAAGUCCAUUCCCCACCUCCAUAAACUGCCUGGAGAGACUGCCCAGGUGAAGCCAAGAUGUAGUGCUUUGGGUCAAAUGCCACCCAGGACAGAAGCUGGGCUGGAAAACCUUCAUCCGAAUGCUGACUCAAACACUGGCAGCUCCAAGUCUGUGACAACCCAGCUGUCCUCCAAUCUGGUGUCAGCUGCUCAGAGUGCUGUGGCCUUGGGGACUUAUUCUAAAGGAACAUCUUUAGAAUGUACUAUGUGUGACCCUGUCACCACAGGGCCAAGACUGGGGCCAGAAGAAAGACAGUUCAAGGAUGCUUCCAUUCAAACAUCUGCAUGGGAGCCCAGGCCCUGGCAUUUCUGUUCAGCCCCAAGUAACAAGGCCUUGACACACGGACCCCAGCCCCUCACCAAAUCUGUCUCUCUAGACACAGGCUUCCCUAAGAUCUACCCAGGGGGCAUCUGCCACACUGUUCCUGCCCACUGCUGUGUCUGCUGUUGUCACCAUUGCCACUGCCCCAGGGAGAGGCAAAGCCCUGGCCCUGCCCCCUCAGUCUGUAGGCAUUGCCUAUACUCACAUACUGAUCACCCGGAAGCCCAGUUCAUGAAGACUUUGAAAGUCCUUCAGGACACCACAGUGAGGGAGCUCUGUUCCUGCACAGUCCACGAGAUGGAAGCCAUGAAGACGGUUUGCCAGAGUUUCCGGGAGCAUUUAGAGGAAGUUGAACAGCAGCUUAUGGGACAGCAGGCACUCUUUUCCAGGGACAUGUCAGAGGAGGAAAGGGAAGAGGCUGAGCAACUGCAGACAUUACGUGAUGCCUUGAGGCAGCAGGUGGCAGAGCUGGAGUUUCACUUAGGAGACCGGGCUCGGCAAAUCAGAGAAGGGAUUCUGCUGCAGCUGGAGCUUUUCACAGAAGAACCACCCGAACACUAUACAAAUCUCCAUCAAUAGAACUGGGCAAAAGAAAAAAACGGCCAGACUUUAUGUGCUAGAAUCCACCCAGCCAGCCCAGGAGCUGUCUUUCCUCCCAACGAUGGCCAGCAGGCUCUCUGCUCAGGUGGGACCCAGUUGGCUGCCUUUGCUCCACCCACCUUGGAGAGCAGCACCAGGAUGUCUCCUCCAUCACCAUCUCAGGCAGAGUUAGGUCCAGCCCCUUCACCAAAUUGUCUUGUUGGAGAAAAGGAUACAAAUGUCUUCCUCUAG